AUGCCUUUAGUUGUUAACGUUCUCGAAAAUUUGGAUUCUGCUUUUUUGGAGAAGGACGAACUUGCUGUGGACAAUGAAAUGUUAAAAGAAGAAAAUGAACAAUUAUUAAACCAAUAUGAAAGGGAAAGGCAAAUGAGAAAGAGUCAAGACCAGAAAUAUUUGGAAGUGGAAGAAUCACUUUUGGAGCAGAAUCGGGAACUUGAAAAUAAAGUUGGUAGUAUGGCUAGUAUUGUUAGAAUGUUGGAAUUGAAGACAAAAAAUGCUUGUGAUCAUGGUAAAUGUUUUUGUUUUUAGUACCGUUGACGAAAACUUGGGAAUUUUUAUGAUCGUAGUUCACGUUUUUUUAUCAUUCCCUCUCCAAAUAAAAUUUCCGCCUGCUGCGCUAAAAAAUUAAGAUAUAGGUACAAAAGAAUUUGCGUUCGUAUUACCAAAGUAAACGCCAAAAUCGCCAAAAGACGC